CUUUCAUGUUUCCAAAGUCGAACGGUCUUAAUUGAUACCAACCUAUUACCGUACCUACCUCUACUGGAAAAUAACACGGCGAGUCGUUAAUCAUCGGCUCUGUUCCCACCAAGCAUCGACGAAUUUCAAAACACCAACCUACACACAUACCUACCUACCAUCACAUCCCGCGACAUCCGAACCACCACCACCAGUCAAGGAAAACAUGGCCCGCAACUACUUCUCCCCCUACGCCCCCCGUCGGCGCUCCAACCGCAUGGUUCUCAUCUGGGUUACCCUCUUCUUCUCCAUCAUCUUCUUCAUGUGGUGGAUACAAACUCGUCACCACGACGCCGCACGCGCCUACGCAGACUUGCUUGUCCGGGGCCCGAGGAUGGAAGGGGAUAAUGCGAGGGGUGGGAGAAUUUUGGAAGAUGCGUAA